AUGUGGCAAUUGCCGCGCUCGCUUUGGGCGGGUCUUGGCAAGGCCAAGCUGGCGCCGUCUGCAACGACCCGGGCCGUGGCAGCUUUGUCCUGCCGUGGGCUGUGCAACAGGUUCGGCGCUGCAUCCAGGCUGAAGCCGCUUGCUGCGACUGCGGUGCUGAGCCUGCCACUGGCCGGCAGGCGCUCACUUUCAACAGAGGAGGCGCCUUGGACCACAACUGCCUCCGGCCUUCAGUAUCGUGACCUUGUCGUCGGGGAAGGCGAAGCUCCGGUCAAGGGACAAAAAGUAAAAGUGCAUUACACAGGUAAGCUGGAGAACGGGCAGGUGUUUGACUCAUCCAUUCCAAGGGGCGAGCCCUUGGACUUCAAUGUCGGCAAGGGUCAGGUAAUUGCUGGCUGGGAUGAAGGUAUCCUGACGAUGAGGGUGGGUGGCAAGAGGGAGCUGAAGAUUCCACCAAAGCUUGGCUAUGGAAGUCGAGGCAUAGGCCCAAUCCCAGGCAACGCCACGCUCUUCUUCGAGUGCGAGCUCGUGCGAUUGAAGGCCUUGCACGUGCAGCGGAAUGGACAGGCUGGAAUCGUCGAGGAUUAUGUGCGGACGAAGCAGCGCUGGCGAGUGCGCCUGCUGAUUAGUGGAAAGUCGCACGACUUCAAAGCAGAAAACCUGGAGAUUGAGGAGCCGGCAGACCGGCCGCCGCCUACAGACUGGGUUGGCCCUGACCUUGAGGACUUGGAGGUCCAACCAAAGGUUGCUUACAAGGAGAUUGCGGAAGAGCCGUUGAAGCUCACAGCCUUGGCUGCAGGCUGCAAAGUAAUGCUUCACGGUCUCAAGGCAGCCCCAGAGUUGAAUGGCCACAGGGGCGAGGUGGAAUCUUUCGUCUCGGAGUCUUCGCGUUGGCGGGUGAAGCUUUUGGGCGGCAGCAUCAAGGACCUGAAACCCGAGAAUCUCCGGCCCUUGUCCGCCAGUGAGCUAGACGCGUCCACCGCUUUGUCCGAGCUCGAUGCGCUGGAAGCCGAUCUCGGGAUCGAUUUCGCCGCGGCGCCCGGAGAUGCUUGCGGGCCCGAUGGAAGGUUCGUUAUUGAAGACAAGCUGGGGGAAGGCACCUUCUCAACGGUGUUCCGAUGUCGGGACACCUGCGCUGACAACGCAAAGUACGCAGUGAAAUUCACCAGGUCGAACGAGCAAACCCGCAGGGCCUUGGAGCGUGAGAUCAAGAUCAUGGGCCAAUUGAUCGCCAAGGUGGGCGAACGGGACCCUGAAGGCAUGCGGGCCAUCUUGACGUUAGCCUUCUUCGAGGGCUUCAAGCACAAGGGUCGCUUGGCCGCCGUCUUCGAGCUCAUGAAGUGCAACUUGCGGACCGCCCUGGCCAAAUAUGGUGCAGGCAAGGGACUGCCCCUCUUGCCCACCGUCCGGGACUUCGGCCGGCAGCUGUUCCUGGCUUUGCGAGUGUUGAGACGUGCUGGUUUGAUUCACUGCGACGUGAAGCCUGAAAAUCUGCUACUUGGCGGUGACAACGCCACAAUCAAGCUGAGUGAUUUCGGAAGCUGCCAGGGCGUGGCAGAGCUCUUGAAGUCCGAUCAGCUCAUGCCACGAAACUACCGUGCCCCGGAGAUCAUCGUUGGGCUGGACUACGACUAUUCGGUGGAUGUUUGGAGUGCUGGCGCCACAUUGUUUGAGCUUGCUACCGACUCGGUGCUAUUCCAGGGUGAGACGAACAACGACAUGCUUCACGCGAUGUUCAAAGUGUGCGGAUCAUGCACGAAGUCCUUCGCAAUGGGCGGGACCUACACCCAGAAUCAUUUCAGCGCCAGCGGCGAGUUCCUGAAUGCCAAAGGUGAUGUGGCAAUCAACUCAGCAAACCCUCGUGUGGUACCGCUGGAUGCUUUUGACCCUCCGAGUCGUCCGCUGCAGUUCCUGCUGGAGGAUGUGCUCAAGCGACCGCCCAAGGGCGUGACUGCAAGCCGACACGAAGGCCUGGUGAGCCAUUUCUCAGACCUGCUCAGCUCGUGCCUGCGCGUAGCUCCAGAAGCGAGAUUGACAGCUGAGUCAGCAUUGGACCACAAGUUCUUCCAAAAGGGAGCAUAG